AUGGCCCACCAAGCCGACGCGCGCCGCGCCCUCGACGAGCGCGGCUACACCGGCACCCUAAUCCACGGCGACAACCCGCUCAAGCUCUUCGAAAAAGCCGUGCGCGACCGCAUCAUCGACUCGUACUACUGGAAAGAGCAAUGCUUCGGCCUGAACGCCGCCACCCUCCUCGACCGCGCCGUCGACCUCACCUUCCUCGGCGGCACGUACGGCGUUGCGCAGAAACCCACGCCCUUCUUGUGCCUUGCGUUCAAGAUGUUGCAGCUCACGCCUGAGCGCGAGAUUGUGGAGUUUUAUCUAAGCCAGGCGGGGGAGGAGUUCAAGUAUUUGCGGGCGCUGGCCGCGUUUUAUGUGCGGCUGGCGUGGGAAAAGGACGAGGAGGUGUACACUACUCUUGAGCCGCUGCUGAACGAUUCGAGGAAGUUGAAGAGGAGGACGAGGGAGGGGUGGCAGUUGACGUACGUGGAUCAGUUUGUGGAUGAUUUACUGGGGAAGAGUAGGGUUUGUGCUACGACGCUGCCGAAGCUGAAUCCGAGGGUUUUCUUGGAGGAUGAGGAGAGGUUGGAGCCGAGGGUUAGUGGGCUGGGGGAGGAGCUGGAUGAGUUGGAGGAUGAGGAUGAGGAGGAGAAGGGGGAGAUCAAUGGGAAUGGUCAUGUCAGCUCCAGCGAGGAGGGGGAGGAUAGUGAAGAGGUGGCAGAAGGCGGUUGA